ACCAAUAUGGCGCCCACACGAUUUCCAAAACAUCUCAAACCAAUAGAACCUCAAGGUCAAGUCUUAUUACAACAAGAAAGAAGUAAAGCUAAUUUUGAUAUUAAGCUAUUGACCGAAAAGAUCUAUGGACGUAACUACUUGGAAAAGCACAACAAGAUCUUGUCUAUUCUUAUGAACGAUCCUAUUCUUGGUGACAAGUCUCAUCGCUACUACAGUGGACGUGACAUUCGUUUCAAAAAGGCCAUGGCAGCAGCUAAACGUAUGUCUGAACUAAUCAAGGAAAACAAUUGGACGCCUGAAGAUAUCAAUAUUGCGGAUGUACUUUUUGAUGAAUCCGGUCCUUUCCGGUUACACCGAUCCAUGUUUAUGCCUACUAUUGAAGGUCAAGGUACUGAAGAACAAAAGCGACUCUUUUUGGCUCCUGCGCAACGAUAUGAAAUUAUUGGAUGUUAUGCACAGACAGAACUGGGUCAUGGAUCCAAUGUACGUGGAUUGGAAACUACUGCUACUUAUGAUCCGACUUUGCAAUCAUUUAUUUUCCAUUCUCCAACAUUGACUUCUUCGAAAUGGUGGAUUGGAGGUCUUGGCAAAACAGCAACACAUGCAGUCGUCAUGGCUCGUCUCAUCACCAAUGGUAAAGAUCAUGGACCUCAUCCUUUUAUUGUGCAAAUUCGUGACUUGGCAACGCAUGAACCUCUUCCUGGUAUCACCGUAGGCGAUAUUGGACCUAAGUUUGGAUUUGGUACUGUGGAUAAUGGAUUUAUCAUGUUCGAUCAGCUUCGUGUACCUCAUGUGGCUUUUCUUGCUAGAUUCUCUCAAGUUGACAAAAUAACUGGAGAAUAUAUCAAACCUCCCAAUGACAAACUCUCUUAUGGUACCAUGGUAUUUGUAAGGGCCAACAUUGUUAUGGAAUCUCGUUAUGUUAUUGCUAGAGCAGCUACUGUGGCCAUUCGAUAUUCAGCAAUUCGAUCUCAAGGUUCUGAUACAGCCAAUCCCAAGAAAAUUGUCGAUCAACAAGGGAAGAUCAAAGUGGUGGAAACUCCUGUAUUGGAUUACAUGAUGCAACAAUAUCGACUUCUUCCCAUUCUUGCCCAAGCUUAUGCCUGCCAUUUCACUGGUCAAGCAAUGCAUCGUAUGUAUUAUGAAAAUCAAGCACGAAUGGCGAAGGGUGAUUUCUCUUAUCUCGCUGAUUUGCAUGCAUCCUCCUCUGGUUUGAAAAGUUUAACUACAACGAUGGCGGUGGCUGCUAUUGAAGAAUGUCGUCGUGCUUGUGGUGGUCAUGGUUAUCUUCUUUCAUCUGGAUUAGGGCAAUUUUAUCAAGAUUAUCUACCCAAAGUUACGUGGGAAGGUGAUAAUUAUCUUUUGACACAACAAACCGCUCGAUACCUUCUCAAGACUUUUCGAUCAAUUCAAGCUGGAAAGAACAAUGACAACAAUUUUUCGGUCCAAUAUCUAACGGAAUAUCUUGGGCAACGCCAAAGCCAAUGUUCUGUUGUGGAAGCUGAUGAUUUUACCAAUCCUGAAACGCUUUUAAUGAUCUUCAAAUAUCGAGUGGCGUUUAUGGUUGAACAAGCAGUGCAAGGACUGGAUGUGGAACAUCGAUCAUGGAAUGAUAUGCUUGUGGAAAUCUAUCGUAUUAGUCGCGCACAUUGUCAAUUGAUUAUGGUCUCCAACUUUUUCCAAGGGGUGUUCGACGAUCCUGUAUUUCGAGAUAUUCUUGGUGACCUGGCGAUUCUGUAUGGCUUGACGACCUUGGAACAAGAGGUAGCGGAUGUGUUGACGUCAGGCUAUAUGACACCGGCUCAGUCAUUGUUAUUGAAACAACAAGUGAUUACAAUGUUGAAAAAGGUACGACCCAACGCGGUAGGUUUAGUCGAUGCGUUUGCUUUUCCUGAUUAUCUCCUCAACUCGGCGCUUGGUGAAGCUCAAGGUAAAGUGUAUGAACGACUCACAGAAAUGGCCGAAGCUGAACCUUUGAAUCACCAAUCUGUCGUCGAUGGCUAUGAUGAUUAUUAUCGACCUCUGAUUCAUGCUGGCAAACGAAACUGGACUUUUAUCGAUGGUGUGGCUAAAUUACAAGGUUAUGCUGAUCUUCCAUUACAUGCAAGAUUAUAAUCCUUUCAUAUUAGAUAGAAACUUUAGUAUAGAAUUGGUUUCUUGUAUUUUUUUUUUUAUUUUUAUGAAAUAAAACACUUUGCCACAUUUUGAAAUAUGUUGCUGAUGGAUAAAUGAGUUGACAUGGGUGGG